AUGUUCGAUACGUUAUUCCGCGGUAAACGCAACGAUCGCCGGUCUCGCGAGGUUGCCUCCGUGUCCGAGUAUGAAUCACGUGCAGCAGUGGUGCUGAACCGGAACGCCCUCGAUUAUUUCCGCUGUGGUGCUGGUGCUGAACAGACGACACGGUUGAACAGGUCACGCUACGAUAAGAUACGGAUCAGACCACGCUGUCUGGCGCGGGUCGGAAACCGUAGCUUGGCAGUUAGUGUGCUCGGGCUGAGCUACAGAAUGCCCAUUGGAAUUGGUCCGGUGGCAUUGCAGAAAUUAGUUCACAAUGACUGCGAAAAGGCCAUGGCAAGAGCUGCACGGUCCAUGGGAGUACCCUUUGUUUUGAGCGCUCUGUCCAGCGUAUCAAUGGAGGAUAUAGCGAAUGUUAUUCCCAAUCACCCGAAGUGGUUCCAGCUGUUUAUCCUUAAGGAUCGUGAGUUGACGGAAAAUCUUAUCGGAAAUGAAAAAUCCGCUUAG